AUGGCCACCAAAACCAUUAUCAAUUGCAUGGACCAGACUACUACCUCCAGCCCGGUUCAGGGUAUUUCAAUAAAAAUUGAUCAAACCGCUAGUCCGACGACAACAACAACAACAACGGGAAUUAUAAUACCCAAUUAUUCUGGACCAGCCUCUGCCGCCUUGGUCUCAAAUGUCAUUAAAAUACAACAUUCUUGUCAAACCAGUGACAAUAAUUUGAAGUCCUCCUCUUCGUCGUCGUCUUCCUCCACACCAUUGAAUGGCCAGAAUGAUAAUAAAUUACUAAUUGAUAUUAACCGUAAACAGACAACAACAACCAGCUCCACAACAAUCAAUGGUGGUGAUUGUGCUGCAUCCUCGUUCCAUGUUCCAACCUCAUCGACAUCUUCGUCUGCUGUUAUCCAAGUUAAAUGCACAACACCACCAUCCAUGGCAGCCGUUGAUCUUCCAUUAUCUUCCAGGCAAGAAAAUUUAUUGGAAUCUAACGGUAUUGGAAAAACGAGAGAGCACUCUAAUAAUGAUCGUGAUGACGAUGAUCAUGUUUUAAGAGAGAGUUGCAUUGAAGUUGGCAAAGAGAGUAGCCAGCAGAGGAGCAAUAACUUCAAUGAAAGUAACCAAAUGGCCAUUAUGACCACUACCACCACCAUACACCAAGAGCCACAACAACAGCAACAACAACUAACUAGUCAACAGGUUAAUGAGAAAAUGGUGCAAAAAUCACAAAACAACACCCAACUGAUGGUAAGCAGCAACAGCAGUGGGGCCCCCUCGAGUAGCCACACCAUUUCGACCAUGGCCUCCAACAAUGAAUUAAAUGUCAGCAAUCCCAGCUAUCUCUAUUACACCACCAUGUCGAGUGGACAAUUUUCACCCUGUGACACACUGGACAGUGGCACGGGCAGUGAUUUGGAAUCACAAAAUCACACUCCGCACACACCCACUGCCCAUUUGCUGCUACCACCAUCUUCAUCGUCGUCAUCAUCGUCCAAUUCCAAAACCAACUCCAAUGGCCUGGAAAUGCAUUUGAAAACCACCAAAGUUCGCCUAUCCCAAAACGGUGGCAACAAGGAGCAACGUAACUGCAACUCUUCAUCCUACACGGAUUCCGAGGAAAGUGAGGCCUCAUCGCUCAGUUGUGAUUCGCUGCAUUCCAAUGAAUUUAUGCGCCAGUCUUCACAGUCGCCCAUACAAAAUAAAAUUUCCAAUGGCUCGAGGAAAAUUCUCGGGUCUUUCUUACCCGAUUCCCUGCUAAGAGAUAUUAAAAAUUUGAAAUUAAAUCAAACCGAAUAUGAGGCCGAAAAUGAAAACGAAGAAGAUGAAGAUCACAUUGAACAGAGAAUCAAGGCCCACAAACAGCGUAACAAUGAAUCAUCAUACGAACCGAUUAGUUCCCAGGAUUAUAUGAUGGCACAAAAUGACUAUGUUCAGACACGUAAUACGGAAAAUUCUGCAGCGAAUGCGAAUUCAAAUUCUUCCAAACGUGCCUCGUUGCCCUCCAAAACCUUUGUACUCAAUCAAGAGGAUGGCACCUUUAUUGACAUGAAAAUGAAUUCGAUGCCCCGAAAAUAUGAGGCUGACAAAUACUACAAUUUCCAUGUUAAUGAACAUGAAAAUUUCCGCAGUUUUGGCAACAACAACAGCAAUGGGGGCAAUAAUGGUUUUUCGGAAUCUGGCAAUGAAUCGUUAUCGGAAUAUGACAGCCGCAGCAGUUUGAGUGAUGAUGUCUUUGCCGGUUACAAGGAUUUACGUUGUGGCUCGGCCACCUCAACAAUACGCUCGAACAAGGGCACAGUGCGUGGUGUCAAGAAUCGUGUGCGCAAUGGAAUAGCCACAUUCUUGCAGCUGCAGCAACCAAAUAUGAAGGUGAGUUGAAGAGAAAAAAAAAUAGGGUUUGAGUGGAAAAAAAAUGAUAAAUUGUCUUUGGUGAUUAAAGAAAAGUCCUCAAAGUUCUCCUCACUGGAACAUCCGAAUCCGGGAAUUCCAAGGAUCACAGCACAGCACAUUCAGCUGCUAUUCAAAGUGAAAGUGCUUAAGACUCAUUGA